CGAACAAUGCCGGAGUCUACCACAAUCUUUAUGCUAGUAAAGAUUAUAGUAGUAUAAAAUAUAAAGAUUAAAAUUGGGAUAAUAAUAAUCUUGUAUAUUUCUAUAGAAAAUAUUUCUAAUAAUAUUUAGAAAAUAUUAUAGAUAUUUUCUAUACACAAAAUGAUAUUAAUGGAACCAAACUAAUAUAUUUCUCUCUCUUAAAUGAUGUCUAGUAACAACCAUAACCUCACUCUUCGCUCGAUUCUCGGCAAAGAUAAGUUGACCGGCUCUAACUUCUUAGACUGGCAAAGAAACCUCGUUAUCGUUCUUCGACUUGAGAAGAAAGAAUAUGUGCUCGAACAAACCAUCCCACCUAUCCCGGCCACCAAUGCUUCUAGAGCAAUCAAGGAUACUUAUGAGAAGCACGUUGAUGAUGACAAUGAGGUGGCAUGUCUCAUGUUGGCUACGAUGACUUCUGACCUUCAGAAACAUCACGAGAGUCGAGAUUGUAAGUUGACAGUUGGAAACCCUGUUGGUCCGCAUGUUCUCAAAAUAAUUGGCUACGUCCAAACUCUUGAGAAGUUGAGCUUCGAACUCAAGACUGAACUUGCAACUGAUCUGAUUCUGCAAUCAUUGCCUGAGUUGUACAAGCAGUUUGUGGUUAAUUACGAGAUGCAUGAACUCGAUAAACCACUGCAAGAACUUUUGAAGAUGCUGCAAACUGCUGAAGAGAGCUUAAAGAAAGGAAAGGGGAAUUUUGUCCUUCUAGUUCAAGAAGGAAAAGGCAAGAAGAAGUUCAAGAAGGCAAAGAAGAGUGGACCUAAAGACAAGGUUAACACCGAUCCAAAGUCCAAUUCUUCUAAGCUCCAGCCUAAAGGUGGAGCGGUUAAAGAUUCCAUUUGUCAUCACUGUGGUGAAGUUGUAUCUUGAUUUUAGGGAUGUUUGAGCUGUGCCAAAUGUAUUUGCAGGAUAAUAGGUUUGUCCCACUUUCUUGAACCAUGUUGAAGGCACUCUUGAGACUAAAGUUUCCUCCUUCCCAAAGUAAACCUGAAUUAGUAGUGGUGGUAUGGGAUGUUGCGAGAACAUUAGAUCUGCAAAUCCUUUUCCAUGUUGGAGAGUCAGUGAUCCUUUCCUUAAUGAUUCAUGUUUUCAUAUAUCUGGCUCUCACAUAGGUCCCCCAUAUCCCAAUGUCAUUUCUUGCCUUCGACCAAAGUUUAAGGGUUUAUGCUUGCUGUAGGUCCUUU